AUGUAUAAUGACUUAGAGAGAUUCAUCACAUUCACUGAAAGAGAAGGAUUUGAUAAAGAUCAAACACUUGAAAGUAGUUUAUAUCCAUAUUCUGAAGUAGGAUGUACAUUACUUGAAUUAUGUUGUUACCAUGGAGCAGUUGGCUGUUUCAAGUUAUUAAGAACGAAAUUUAACUCAGAAAUAACUCAAAAAUGUCUUGAGUUAUCAUUUUUAGGAGGAAAUCCCGAUAUCAUGAGUGAAUGUUUGAAAUAUCAAGAACCAAAUGAAGAAUGCAUGAGAUAUGCAAUUAUUUCUCACAACAUUGAUUUUGUUACAUUCUUGAUGAAUGAGUACAAUAUAGAAAUCAAUUUAGAAUACUGUAGAAUUGACAAUAAUCUUGAAUCUUUAUUAGUUUAUUUUGAUCAAACUGAUGAUGUUAACAAAUGCUUUCUUUAUUCAGCAUGGCUCGAUAUUCCAUCCUUACUCGAAUACUUCCUUUCACAUGGUGCAAAUAUCAAUGAAAAAGAUGAAAAUGGAAGAACCGCUCUUCAUAUUGCAGCAAUUUAUAAUAGUAAAGAAACAGCCGAACUUCUUAUUUCACAUGGUGCAAAUAUCAAUGAAAAAGAUGAAAAUGGAAGAACCGCUCUUCAUAUUGCAGCAAUUUAUAAUAGUAAAGAAACAGCCGAACUUCUUAUUUCACAUGGUGCAAAUAUCAAUGAAAAAGAUGAAAAUGGAAGAACCGCUCUUCAUAUUGCAGCAAUUUAUAAUAGUAAAGAAACAGCCGAACUUCUUAUUUCACAUGGUGCAAAGGAUUAG